CUCAGAAAUAAAAGCAAUGAAAUUGAAUUGAGGUGGGUAACACAGAGUACUUUCUAUGUGGGUAACGUACGUGCGUAUGUAUGUUGGCAUUGCUUUAAUUUAUUGUUCUGAUUUUUUUUUUAAUUCCGUGAAAUAUGAGUACUGCUAAUGCUCCGCCGAAUGGUAAUGUUCCUCAUAUCGACCGUGAACUGGAUUUGUCAAAUACCGGCAGAGGUGUAUGGCUUGUAAAAGUACCAAAGUAUAUAGCAAAUAAAUGGGAUAAAGCAUCUGGAAAUAUAGAAGUUGGCAAAUUGAAAAUAUCAAGAGUUCCUGGUCAAAAACCACAAGUGCAAUUGUCUUUAUCUGAAGCAGUUCUAUGCUUGAAGGAUCCUGGAGAACAGAAUAUACCAAAGGAACAUUGUCUUGAUGUAUCUAAUGUAACAAGGCAGAGCCUGGGGGUAUUUUCACAUGUAGUACCAACAGUUACAGAUGCUGUAGUACCAGAAUCUGAAAAAUUGUAUAUGGAAGGUAGAAUAGUUCAAAAGCUUGAAUGUAAGCCAUAUGCAGACACAACUUAUUACAAACUGAAAUCUGAGUCUAUCAGGAAAGCGUCUAUUCCUCAGAGACAAGUUCAGCAGCUGGAUAGGAUUGUGCAGAACUUUAAACCUGUUUCCGAUCACAGACAUAAUAUUGAAUAUCAAGAAAAGAAAAAAGCAGAGGGCAAGAAAGCUCGAGAUGACAAAGAUGCAGUGCUCAACAUGCUGUUUGCUGCAUUUGAGAAACAUCAGUACUACAAUAUUAAAGAUUUGCAAAAGAUAACAAGGCAACCUAUUGUGUACCUGAAAGAAAUAUUAAAAGAAGUUUGCAAUUACAAUCUUAAGAAUCCACAUAAAAAUAUGUGGGAGUUGAAACCAGAGUAUAGGCAUUAUAAGCAAGAGGCUCCCGUCGAAACAAAGGAAGAAAAGAAUAGUUCUGAUAGUGACUAGACUAAGGUAGUCGAGUUCUUACUAGCCUGUUACUCUAUGUAUAGUGUGAUUAUUAUGGGUGAUAUGUAAUUAUUAUGAUAUUAAGGUGUAAUAAAUAUUCUUAUGAAAUGAUAA